UGGCGAGGGGACCUUCUGGCGCCGGGCCAGGAUGGCGACGGACAGUCCCUGCGAGCUCCCGGCGACGCCGGCGGGCGGGCUGAGCCUGGGCCGGCCUCCCUCGGCGCCCUUCCGCCGCUGCAGCCCUUCCAGGGUGGCCGCCGCCGCCGCCGCCCCGCCGUCGAGCGGCGGGGCUCCCGCGGCGCUGCCCGGCAAGUGGGUCCGGCUGAACGUGGGCGGCACCUGCUUCCUCACCACCCGGCAGACGCUCUGCAGGGACCCCAAGAGCUUCCUCUUCCGCCUCUGCCAGGCCGACCCGGACCUCGACUCCGACAAGGAUGAAACAGGUGCCUAUUUAAUAGACAGAGAUCCAACCUAUUUUGGACCGGUACUGAACUAUCUCCGGCAUGGGAAACUUGUUAUCAAUAAAGACCUGGCGGAGGAAGGUGUGCUUGAAGAAGCUGAAUUCUACAACAUCACAUCCUUAAUUAAACUGGUGAAGGACAAAAUAAGAGAAAGAGACAGUAAAAUCUCACAGGUGCCAGUCAAGCAUGUUUACAGAGUGCUCCAGUGCCAGGAAGAGGAGUUGACUCAGAUGGUCUCCACCAUGUCUGAUGGCUGGAAAUUUGAACAGCUGGUGAGCAUCGGAUCAUCCUAUAAUUAUGGGAAUGAGGACCAGGCAGAAUUCCUCUGCGUUGUCUCCAAGGAGCUGCACAACACGCCCUAUGGCACAGCCAGCGAGCCCAGCGAGAAAGCAAAGAUUUUGCAGGAACGAGGUUCGAGAAUGUAAUUGUGUCACAGUAUUGAAUGCAGAAGGUUGUUUUAUUUGCAUCACCACACGAAGAGGCUUGGCGCCAAGCGGACGUCUCUUGUGCAGACAAGAUGGAUGUAUAACUUUUUAAAAUGUUGUGGCCGGAGCAGGCCUGCAUUGCCUGUUUCCUUCUGAUCCCUGGUUGUGCGGAAGGUGAUUCCACGGAAGGACUCGGCUUUACUCUCAGCUUCCGUCCUGUAGAGCUGCAGCACUUUCUCCAGUGCCGGCCAGAGGAAGCUCCGCUGGUUUGUGGGAAGCGAUUGGGAGCUUAGUUCCUGCAGGUGGUUCAAGGACAACUUAUUGGUGCUACUCCAGUCCGUAUACAGGCCUCUGUUACUAGCAGCCUCUGUGGACUUCUCCUAUACAUUCCUUUGCGGUUCUCAUGUAAGAAUGUUUUAGGGAAUAAGUAUUCCUCUGUUGGGAUAAAUGAAAUAUGUAUUUCCUCCCUAAUUCCUCUCCCCUCUUCCCCUUGCUCCCUUUAUUAGCCAGAGGGGAGAAGCCCCCUUUUGCCUGCAUUUCUAGAGUUGGCCUUCAGGUUGCUUGAUCUUACCAAUGUCAGCAUUCAGUUUGACUACCCUUAAGGAUUGAAGACCAGUUUUGUUUACAAAUGAUACGACAUCUUGCCUUUCAAAUGCAUGGCUAUCCACCAUGUUUUUUCAAAAAGAUCUGCAAAUAUUGAUAGUGGUGAAGCUGAAGUUAGGCCCCAGAUUUUCGUCUCAAUGGCUGCUCGGUGCAGAGGGUCGGGAAUGAAGGUCUGUGUGCCUGAAAGUAGGAAUUCUUCUGAUUCUUAAACAGAUGUUUACAGUUAUUUCUAUAUUCUUAUCUAUGCAGUUCUUUCUAAUGUUUUGGCAAAUACUGUCAAAACGAACCAUGGUUUCAUUAAGAGAAGCUUCUAGUAAAUGUGAAAAAACACAACUGGAUCUUUUUAGAGCACUGUGUUUAAAUGGAACCCUUGGCAAGCCUUUCAGAAUAGUUUAGAGAGGAAUUGACUUCAAACUUCUCUUUGUUCCCUUAAAGAGGAGUCCCUGCUUGUUUGAGACUUUAUGGCAUCCUACCCAUAUUUUAAACUUUCAUUAAACAACUUAUGUAAUACUUUUUAAUAAUUGACAUGUACUGUCUCAAAUGUAUCUUGUCUGCCUGCAUUUGAUUAAAUCUUUGGGCCCAAAAGAAGGGGCAAGUUGGUGACAUUUUCUAGCCUCCAGUCUGGAGAUGGCAUUAAGCGGCACAGAUUACAAGGCCUUCUCAGUACUUUUGAAAGAUGCUGAAUUGAUUGAAGUGUAACUACAAAGGACAGCUGUACAUACAGACUCCUUGAGGUAUUCCUAUUGAGGAGUCCAUGUUUCACAUCUGGGCUUUUAUAUCUAUCGCCAGUUUUUCCCCUGAAAGAAGUAUUGCAUUGAGAAGUCCUGAGAAACAGGUGUGUGUGUGUAUAUGACCUUUUUGAACCCCUUGAAGGUAUUAGUCAUUAGCCAGCUCGCUAUCAUUCAAUGCCAGCCUGAAAGGGGAUAGCAGCCCAGCUCAGGAUGGGGCAGGGGGAGCCCCCCUUCGCCCCUCCAUUGUGUCCCCUUCAGCACGAGCUCAAGGGUUGGCUUUGGAACGAGGGAGGUUGCCAUUUCUGAAGAUUGCCUUGCAAGAGCUGAGAGGUGACGGGAAUGUUGACCGAUACCGAUUCCCUUUUGAAGAGUGAACAGUUCAGAAACGUCCAACAUUAGGGCUAUCCUUAUGGAGGAUUUUAAAUCCAGGCAAUACUUUCUUUGCGCUCAUUUUGGUGUGACUUCUUGCUGAGUUGGGGAUGGGGGUAGGAGUAGUAUAUGAACAAUAUAGCAUCAGAAUUUAAAGUUUAUAUCUUGGAAAUUAUAUCAUCAAAAUAACCUAAAAAGCAUGGAAUUUUUCUUUGUAUUUUUCAAGACUGUGUAAUGUUAAUAUCCAUUAUCACUCUUUUAUGGUAGUCUCAUCCCACGCUGUCUUCCACAUUUCAACAAACACUGUUAUAGAAAGUUGGUGGGUCUUACCAAGAGAAUUGGGUAGGUUUUAAUAACUUGACACUUGUCUUUGAAGGCAUCCACACCAAUUCUGGAUUCUGAAUGAUAAACAUGGGUGUUAGCAAACCUGUUCCUCUUUUCAGUUGUUUGGUCUAACUUUUGCAUUUAUUUUAUUUAUUUUUGAUAGUGAAGGCUAAAUGCUUUUUUAAAUGCUUUAAUAUCGUGUAGUGUGUCCCCUUAAGCUGAUAUAACGCAUGGCUAAGGCACAAGAUAUCCAUGGUGCUCAAUAAAAGAACAAAAA